ACACAUUUAAAUUGACUAUGAUUAUGAUAUUAAGAUAUCAAACUCAUUAAACAACGAUACAUGGGAAAACAACUAGCAAGCAGUGAGUAAAAUUGCAGAAUAGCAGCAUUUAUUUCUAAGAUGAAACUAAUCCAGUGAAUGAAAUUGCAAUUCAAUUUUGAAUCUAGUUUUCUUCACAAUUCACAUGUCAAGUAGCACCAAAAGAUGCUUAGUACUAUUAGAGAAAUGCAAAUCCAUGAAACACCUCAAACAAGCACAUGCACAAGUCUUCACAACAGGCCUUGAAAACAAUACUUUUGCUUUGAGCAGAGUUUUAGCUUUCUGUUCAUCACACAAACAUCAUCAUGAAAGUCUCACAUAUGCAUGCAGAGUCUUUGAACAAAUUCAAAACCCCACAGUUUGUAUAUACAACACAUUAAUCAAAGCUUUUCUAGUCAAUAAUAAGUUCAAAAGUGCACUCCAAGUGUUUGUUAAAAUGCUUCAAAGUGAAUUGAAACCUGAUAAUUAUACUAUACCUUAUGUAUUGAAGGCUUGUGGAACAUUUCAUGAUUGUUCUUUUGGGAAAAUGAUUCAUGGGUAUAGUUCAAAAUUGGGUCUGGUGUUUGAUAUCUAUGUGGGUAAUAGUUUGAUGGCAAUGUACUGUGUUUUUGGCGAUGUGGUAGCUGCACGGUACGUGUUUGAUGAAAUUCCUAGCUUAAAUGUGGUUUCUUGGAGUGUGAUGAUCUCGGGUUAUGCGAAAGUGGGUGAUGUUGAUUCGGCUAGAUUGUUCUUCGAUGAAGCGCCUGAGAAGGAUAAGGGGAUAUGGGGUGCAAUGAUUUCUGGUUAUGUGCAAAAUAGUUGCUUUAAGGAAAGUCUUUAUUUGUUUCGUUUGAUGCAGUUGACUGAUAUAGUACCGGAUGAGUCUAUAUUUGUGAGUAUUCUCUCUGCUUGUGCUCAUCUAGGUGCUUUGGAAAUUGGUGUUUGGAUUCAUCAACAUUUGAAUCAAUUAAAGCUAGUACCAUUGAGUGUUCGUUUGAGUACUAGUUUAUUAGAUAUGUACGCUAAAUGUGGGAAUUUGGAAUUGGCGAAAAGAUUAUUCGAUUCAAUGAACAUGAGAGACGUUGUAUGUUGGAAUGCUAUGAUUUCUGGUAUGGCAAUGCAUGGAGAUGGGAAAGGUGCCCUCAAGCUGUUUUACGAUAUGGAAAAGGUUGGGGUGAAACCUGAUGAUAUAACAUUUAUUGCUGUUUUUACUGCUUGUAGUUACUCGGGAAUGGCGUAUGAAGGUUUGAUGUUGUUGGAUAAAAUGUGUAGUGUUUACAACAUUGUGCCAAAAAGUGAACACUAUGGUUGUUUAGUUGAUUUGCUAAGCAGGGCAGGGCUUUUUGAAGAAGCUAUGGUAAUGAUAAGAAAAAUAACCAAUUCAUGGAAUGGCUCUGAAGAGACAUUGGCUUGGAGAGCAUUUCUGAGUGCAUGCUGUAAUCAUGGAGAAACUCAAUUAGCUGAACUUGCUGCUGAAAAAGUGUUGCAGUUAGAUAAUCACAUUCACAGUGGAGUUUAUGUUUUGCUUUCUAAUUUGUAUGCAGCAUCUGGGAAACAUAGUGAUGCUAGAAGGGUAAGGGAUAUGAUGAAAAUCAAAGGGACAAAUAAGGCACCUGGUUGUAGCUCAGUAGAGAUUGAUGGAGUUAUCAGUGAGUUCAUUGCCGGGGAAAAAACUCAUCCACAGAUGGAAGAAAUACACUCAGUUUUGAAGAAAAUGCAUAUGCAGUUAGACUAUAAUCAAUAGAUAUUUAGGGUUUAUCACAUGUAUUCCAAAAGGAGAGAUAACAAAAGUGCUUUUUAUUUUCCUUGAAACUGUUGAAGCUUAAGUAUCUGCAUAAGACCAUUUACAAUGGUAAAAUACAUUCAACAACCUUCAACACCCACUUUUUCAAUUCUCAACACUCCACAUCAUUUUCUCUCUCUUAAUUCAACACCCAUUCAAUUUUUACCUCUCCAA